AUGGGUAAAUUCACCCAACAAGACUUUCCUUAUGGUGGAAAACACAGUAUCGGCCAACCAUACCAUAGUAUAGCUGGCUCUUGCAAUGGAAUCAUUUGUUUGGCUCUGCCUAUGCCACGAGGUAAUGUUAUAAAACGCAGCGAACUUGUUUUAUGGAACCCUACCAUUAGAAAAUUCAAAAGAUUUCUGUAUUUUGAAACUCCAAGAGACGCUUACGGUUGUACAUUGUUUGGCUUUGGAUAUGAUCAUAUUAUUGAUGGUUACAAAAUUAUUGCUCUUUCUUUCUAUCGAUGUGGUACAAACAUUUUCAAAACUCAAGCAAGGGUUAAUACCGUGGGUACUGAUUCUUGGAGAAUGAUUAAUGGGCAGUUACCUUUAUCAAAUGGUCGUUUUGAAUUGUUGAAAUUCGUGAGCGGUGCACUUAAUUGGAUUUCAUAUAGGGAUGACGGUAAUAAUAGUGUUAUUUCUUUUGAUUUGGUGAAUGAGUCGUCUAGAGAACUUUUGCAGCCUGAUUAUGGAGGGGAGUCUAUGCCUGACGUGAUCUUGAGUGUCUUGAGGGAUUGUUUGUGUAUCUUUGCACUCACUCGCCAAUUUUCUAGUGUUUGGUUGAUGAAGGAAUAUGGAAAUGAAGAGUCUUGGACUAAAUUGUUUCAUGUUCCUUACAUGGAAGAAGAUCCGUUCCAUCCUUUUCAUGGCAAGCCACUAUGGAUUUUUGAGGAUGACAAAGUGCUAAUGGAAUGUAUGUCAUUGCAGAACCGGAAAAUGAAUAUGGCCAUUUAUGAUUUCAAAAGUGGUACUUUGUGUCCAAAUAUUUCAAAAGCCGGUGUUUGGAAUGACCCUGAAGUUUGCACCGAGAGUUUGAUAUCACCUAAGAGUUUGAUAUCACCUGAUUUUUAA